CCUGAGUCUGAGGCAUAAGGUCGCUUUAAGAGAUAUCUCAGUUCCUAUCAGAGAUCCUGGCAGGACGCCUCCUACCUUCUGCUCGACCGAACAGCUGAGCUGGUGUCUCACCUGACGCAAAGCAGCGCUGCGAGUCCGGCACGAGAACAUCUCGGAGCGCGGUGAGAACACACGGUGGUCCAUCGGAGUCCUCCACCUGUCCGGAGCCUGCCGUCUCCAUGCGAGCAGAUACACAGCUGCAGACAGACAGACAGUGGAUCCAGGACAUCUGCAGACAGACAGGCAGACAGACAGUGGAUCCAGGACAGCUGCAGACACAGAGGGCAGCGAAUGAAGACUGAAAUUAAGGAUGAAGGGAAAGCUGUAAGAAAAUGCAGAUGAUACUCAUGAAGUAAUUAUAGCAGGUGUGACAUAAUAAAUUAGUUCCAUUUGUCCCGCGGCCUUUGAAGGGAGCCCAGGAACACCACCAUGGAGCUGCAGCACAACACCAAUCACAACCACGCCUUGUGGAAAGAGAUACCGUGGGACUCCAGCGAGGACUGCUCCCUCUCAGUGAGUGGCACCACUUUUCUCAUCGUUGCUUACAGUACAGUUAUGGCGGUGGGUCUCAUUGGGAACUCUUGCCUGGUGUUUGUCAUCACGCGGCACAAGGAGAUGCGCAACGUCACCAACGUCUUCAUCGCCAACCUGUCCUGUUCUGACAUCCUCAUGUGCAUUGUAUGCCUGCCAGUGACUAUUAUCUACACACUGAUGGACCGCUGGAUCCUAGGAGACAUCCUCUGUAAGCUCACGCCCUUCAUCCAGUGUAUAUCAGUCACUGUUUCCAUCUUUUCCCUCGUCCUCAUCGCCAUGGAGCGCUACCAGCUCAUUGUGCACCCGACUGGAUGGAAGCCCAUGGUGGGCCAGUCCUACUUGGCCGUGGCUGUCACCUGGAUUGUGGCGUGCCUAAUCUCGGUGCCUUUCCUCUCGUACAGCGUACUCACCUCGCCUUUCCAGAAUCUGAGCCUCCCCUUCCCAGACAGCAACCACCUUGUUUGCAUGGAGCAGUGGCCAUCGGUUCAAGAACGGCGAGCUUACACCACCUCCCUGCUCGUCUUCCAGUACAUCCUUCCUCUCGCCCUCGUCAUGCUCUGCUACCUGCACGUCUACCUGCGCCUCAGGAGGAGGAAGGACUUGGUGGAGCGUGGCAGGAACACCACUCGAAAGAAAAACAAAGGCGCUACGAGGAUCAACGCCAUGCUAAUCACCAUAGUGGUGGCGUUCGCACUCUCCUGGCUCCCUCUCAAUGUCUUCAACACGGUGUUUGACUGGAACCACGAGGCCAUCCCGUCCUGUGGACAUGACAUCAUUUUCUCAUUCUGCCACCUCACGGCCAUGGCCUCCACCUGCAUCAACCCCAUCAUCUACGGUUUCCUCAACAGCAAUUUCCAGAAACAGCUCAAGUCCACCUUGUUGCGCUGUCGCUGCUGGGGCGUGACGGAGAGGUACGAGAGCGUCCCGCUCUCCACUGUCAGCACAGAGGUCACCAAGGGGUCAAUUUUGAGUAAUGGAUCUAUCAGCACCAAUACUUAGAAGGAAGCGUUUUCAGUGCAAGACAAAGAGACUUGUGGGGGCCUCUUCAGACCUCAUUCUGUCAUCCUUUGGAGCUUUUCUUGCUUUGUUGCGUUCGGUUGACAUUAACGAAGUUAUAAACCUCACAACAGCAGUCCAGAGAGAGACGACUGAAGACAGUUAACCAACAUGGCGCUAUGCCAUCGAUUCAGUAUGAGUUCACAUGUAAGAGGAAGUAGAUAACAAAUUGAUGGUGCAAAGGUUUGCAAAGUAGUGUAGGGCGGCUGAAGGCACUUUAAAUGAGCACUUUUCAACUAUAGUCUGUAUAGUCCAUUCCGCAUGUGCUGUGGGCACAUACGAAGGAAGAGAUAGCUUUUAAUCUGGUAAACAUCUGUCUUUAUAAAGCCCUGGGAUCUACUCAGAUAGUCACGUUUCAUUGAAUAUCAGCUGUGUAGGGGUUGCUUUUCACACUUUACCUGCUUUAAAUGUAAAUAAUCGAACCACCAGAGGCGUGUGAAGGGACAAAGGUUCCUUCACAAAUGUUCUUUUCAAUGUUGCUGUUUUAUAUUAAUAGUAUUGAUGACAUAUUAAGAGAUUGUAAAAUGUGACGUGCUAAUGAUUAUCGACAGAGUAGCUUAUUACAGUACAUAACUGAAGGAGAGAACAUUAGUGCAUUCAAUGUGCCUCCAGGCGUCCACUGAGACGAUUUACUCGCAUCAUCCUAAUGCAUUUCUUAUUACCUAAAAUCACCACACAAUGUAAUGGUCUUUUACAGAGAACCUUGUCAAGAGUUAUAGAUACUGUAUAUAUCCACGCUGUCCACCAAGGUCUCCAGUAUAUUCUGCGUGUGGGAUGUUUUUUGCUCAUAAAAUGUGCCAUUCAACAACCAUAUAUCAAGUGCCAUAAAACAAAAUAAAAGAGGCAGUAAAGGACGUUGUCAGAGCGGUGGUUCUUCUGCUGUAUAUAGCAUUACUAAGUACAUGUAUGGCCUGUAAAAGAUGUGACACAGUUAUAGUUUAUGGCGUGGUGGGGAAUAAAGAGCAGUGUGUAGCAUAGCAGAUCUCUUACAUGUUGUAAGUCGCUUUGUGUUAUUGAAUUAAAACAUUUACUAUCUACUAUCUCUAAUCAUAACGUCUAUGUUGUAAUAUUUGAUUUUGACGAGUUGACUUGUGCAGAGAAGAAGAUAACUUGCAGAGAUUACCUCAACAGCUUCCUGAUAACAUUGGCAACAUA